AAGGAGCAGCAGUCAGAUACGACUCCAGUAUUAUUGGCAGUCAUGGUUUAUAAGAGCUGACGACUUUUUCCCAUGGUUGUCGACUGAUUCGGACGAUAUGAGUGCAAGGAAAACAACGAAAGCGCUUCUCUGUCGACAAUCGGAUGGCAGAAUAUCAGUUUUAUUUUCUUAACCAUUUCUCAGACUUCUUCUUUCUUGGCUAAAAAGAAAAAAAGAAAUCAACGAUGGUUCGCGUGUUUAGGUGUUUCGGGUUCAAAUCCCAGGUCGUUCUCCCCGUGGUUGACGAACCGAUAUCUUUAUGCACAUCAAGCGAUUGUGUGUUCAUUGCUACCGUAGCAGGUUCGUUGGAAGUGUUCCGUAUCCAGGUUGGUAAAGGAUGGAAGAAUGUCUGUUCCAUCAACACAGAAGGCUUGGUCCAGCAGUUGGCUUACAGCGAGAAAGAUGAUUAUUUGGCUACUUUGGAAGUCAAACAUUUCCGUCAUGAGAAUCUUACUUUCAUAAAGACUUACCUUGAUCUGAAAAAAUGGGAAAAUAAGAAGAAUUUUUCAAUAAGCUUACGUGUAGCUGAAAAAUACCCCGUUAUUAUUCCUGGUCAGCCUGUCUUUGAAGUCCUUGAAAUACCGCAGGAAGAAAAGGCAAAUAGUUUAAGUGUUUGUUCUCACACUGGGACCCUUGCUGUUGCUUGUCACAAAAAAGUUAACCUUUAUAUGGUCCAAGAAAAAUAUUCUGCUGAAUGUUCACGCUCUUACAAAGACAUUGUUCAUAUUUUAAUUAUCAACUGGGGACACUUCGUUAGCAAAGUGGUCAUCAAUGAAAGUUUCAUAGCCUUAAUGUCCAACCGCUACGCUCAUGUUCUCAAGUUGAAUUUUUAUAAUGGCUUUCGAAAAGUGGGCCUUCAUAUGAGUAAUCCAGCUUCACAGGCAAGCUCAGAUGCGAACCAACCGAAGGCUUCAAGUUCCUGCUUUGAGUCAACAGAAUUAAUUGCAGGCGAUUUCGAAAAUACUUCCUCACCCCCAUCUUUGUCGUCUAAUGAAUUACUCUUGCCCUCUGAUAGCAGUUCUAUUGUGAAUAUCAAAAACGAUGAAUCAUAUACCCAAUGGGUUUUCAGCUCAGAUCAACGUGGAAGUAGAAAGAAACGUAGGAGCUUUGGACAAGGAACUCGUAAUAUCGCUGAAAUAGCUAAUGUUGCAAUAACUCCAGACACAAUUUAUCUUCCCAAACUCCAUGGAAAUAGUGGAAUUAAUGGCUCAACCAAAUCGUUGCCUAAAGUUAUGGUUCAAGUCAAAGAUCAAAGUGUUUUUGUAAAUGGAAAAAUUAAAGCUGACACAUUACUUUAUAAGAUUGGUUUACCUGAUAUUUCAUGGAGACAUAUGCAGUUGCUAUGUAUAUACUCAGCAUCAGGACAAGGAACACCAAGUCAGUGUGACUCAGAUUUUCCCCUACAAUCCAUUAAAUGUGACCCCAAAAUGGAAAUGUUCUGUUACCUUGGUAAUUCUCACGAAGGUCAGCUUUAUUCUUUGUCUCCGCCCGCAGUUCAGAUGCUUUCCUCCUACAAAUAUUCUUCUCCUGCUCUUCAGGCAGUCACAAGUCCGACAAUGUUGUUUGUUGUCACAGACACAGGAGUAGAGACCUACACCUCUAGAGGAGCAGCUUUUUCUCUCUACCGAAGAAACCACUAUGAUAAUAUCCAGAAGGCCAUUCCUCCAGUUGACUUAGAACCUUGUCUCUGUGGAAUACAACCGUUUUUUAAUGCUUCUGAAAUCUCUGUAAUAAGUUCUCCCAAAGGCACCAUGAUGGAUUCUCAUGUUAUUCUUUUAUCAAAAGUAACAGAACUGAAUGACACAAUGUGGAGUUUGUAUGCUCUGGAACCAUAUAGUGCAAUGGAUACUUACAAAGAUUUGAUUGUAUUCUCUACGAAAUAUCAAGACAGUGUUCAAGAAGCAUACCUUCAUGUGCUCCAAGAAGCCAACCUGAUUCUGAGGGGUCCAGUCGUAGACUCUGAGAUCGAAUAUUUAGAAGAAUAUCAAAAUUUAUUUGCCGAAUCCUGCCAGAAACUCGGAGAUUUCUAUGCCUGGCACCCUUGUUCAGACUGGAAACUUUGUCUACCAUAUUACAACAUGGCUGGGAUCACCCUAAAAGAUGCUUUACAGAAAGCCUCUAACAUUAAUGAAAAAGAUCAGGGCAUCUUCUUUAAACAUGGAAAAGGGUUUCUCCAUUAUCUAAAAAGGAAAAUUUUUGGAAAUUCUGAACCUUUAAAUCUAAGCACUGUAAGUAUAAUAUAUUUUAUAUAUAGUGGGGUGAUGGUUGAGAGGGAGGUGCUGCCCUCUAGUGUGUUUAUGAAAAAGGUGGAUGAGAGUAGCAAGACUGGUGAAAGCGAAUGGACUGACUCUGACUACCUGAACAAUUUAGCAUGUGUUGUUUUGUACUUAGACCUCUGUGACUUAGAUGCUGCUGAGCUGGAACUCUCAAAUAUACCAAAACUGCUGAGAAAGAGUUGUGCAGACAUUUUGUUAGAGAUUUUGGUCUGUUUCCAUGACCAAGGUAAUUUACCAUACACUGCUUGCUUACAACUUCUUCAAGGGGAUUAUGAAAUACACCAAAAUACACACAUAAAAAUGUUUUUGGAAAUGUUACUUAAAGAUAAGAAGAGAAUGGAUAUUUUCCCAGAAAUCUCAUACCAACUUGUAAAUAUUUAUCUGCAGAGGCUUCUUCAGUGGAGGCCACCAAUAAAACAGUCCAUAACUGGAAGUCCCUCCAACCAACCUUUGCUUCAAGAGGUUGGUCAUUUUGCUUGUCGCUAUCCUUGGUUAGAUCUUCUCCCACCAUUUCAAGGGAUCAAAUCUUACAGGACUGCCUGUCAUUACUUCCGUUCCCCUUCUGCUACCCCUGUUCAGCCUUUCAUUUGUCCUUGCUACUUUUGUAAUGAAGACUUAUUAAAGCUUCAGUCUCUUCUCUGUUCUCCAUGUGCAAAAGAGAUUUUAUUUCAAACUAUUGAGAUUGCCAUCCAAUCAAGUGAGACUGCAAACGAUUCUACUCCACAGUCGGCUAUCAUCACGUUUCCAUGGCAAGUUUCCUUAGAUCUUCUUUGUAAAGCCAGCAUUGAUGUUUGCGAUGCAGUUGAUUCAAUUCUCUCCAAUCAUCCCCAGAUCUUACCUGAUUUUUGUGCCAGCAUGCUUGAUUCUCAUCCUGAACAGUGGAAAUAUUUAAUGCAAAAAUUUCAAACGCUAUUAAGUGAAGAUAGCACAGAACAUAACCGCUAUUACCCCAUAUUCCAAGAUAUGCUUUCAGAAAUGGUAAAGAAGCUGAAGACAUCGGAUGUUUUGCAUUUAGUUCCUGCUAAUGGAAGCCUUUCUUAUUUUUUACCAUAUCUUAACCAAUGCUGCAUUAAGGACCAGCUUGUCUCACUUGAAAAAAUUAUUGUAGAAAGAGGCCAAAGUUUGACUUUAUAUGAUUAAAUUUUGGAGUUUCUCCCAGUUAAAAGAAAGAAAUCUACUAUUCUUCAAGAAAUCUUACUCAUUCAGUCAUGAACAGUUUGUUAAUGAAGACAAGAGCUUCAGUUCUAAUGAAUUUCUAAAACGAACAGAAAAGAGAUUUGAUUCUUUUUUUUUUUUUCUAAUUUUGUUAAACUAUCAGGGAGUUUUGUUUUAAACAUAAAAUGUUUAAACAUUAACAGUCAUGGCAGAAUUUGUUUAAAGAGCUGCACUGAUUUGCUUUUUUUUUUUUUUAUAUCGGUCUCACAGACACACCAGAAUUUACAAUGGAAUCAAACCAAAACAUGACAACUUAAAUUCCUAAAUAAAUUUCAUGGCCAUUAUUUUUUCUGCCUUGAGGAAAAGAUUAUAGUGUUAGGGUGACUGAUUCCAAGUCUAGCACCUGUAUAUUUUGUGAAUCGACCAUCAACAUUUAAUUAAAAGCAGCAGUUUGUGCAAUAUCUACCAUAAUGUUAACAUCAACAGAAGUUUUUUUUUUUGACAGUCUCUCUUUAUUUAUAUUUUGUCAUGGGACUUGUUUGAGAAAUAUCUCUGCUACAUAAAACAUUCCACAGUAUUGACUGUUCAAAGAAGAAAUAAACAAUUGAAGAGAAAAAUCUGCAUCUUGUUUCAUUUGAAUCAACAGAAGAGGCUAGCAACUUACUUCUCUGCUGAUUGACUUUCUGAAUGCAUCUGUCAAGAGAACGUGCUGUCUCUCAACAUGCUACCACAACCUAAUACAAUGCAAUUUUAUUUAUUAGUAUGUUGCUCUAUGGACAAACCUUAACAUCAGACAUAAUCUAUUCACUUUAUAAUCACCAUUCGAUAGUAAUUGUUAAACAAUGUUUUUAACCAAAUUUGUAAUUGAGAAUAAAUUCACAUAUUUUUUAA